AUGAUCAUUCUGUUUACUGAACAACAGAAAAAGAAAGAUAAAGUCAAAGUUAAUUCAUCAGAACUCUUCAAGAGCAAACAAGAAAAAUUACAAGCUUUCUUGAGACAACUAUGCAUCUAUAUAAAUAUUGUUAUGAAUCCUGCAGCACAAUGA